GUAGCUAUUGUUUGCCGAUCAGCACAGUGUAUGGGAGAGUUUGCCAGUCGAUAAACGGCAGAGAAGACCGCUCGCAAUCGCCACCCACCUGUUGAAUAUUUAGAUUUUUUUUAUUUGCAAGUGAGGGUUGAGUUUCUGUCGAAGAACAAAGUCGAACCUGGAAAGGAAACUUCGCGCUAAGAACAGGGAAUCUUGCAGUCGGUUGUGGGUUCAAAUGUUGUAACAAAGUCUCGUUUGCAAAGAAAGUUUACCUCGCCAGCUACGGACUUACGACAAGUGCCAAGAUGCCUUUGGGACUGAGGAAAAAGAAAAACAAGUCGAGAGAGAGCUCGAAUUUGGUGGAGAACGAGGAGGUAGGAGGGUUCCCCGGUGGAAGCGGGGCUAAGUCUGUCGUUAACGGAGCCGGAUUGCCACCCCCGCCUCCCAACCUGCGACCCAAACUGGUGUUCCACACGCAGCUCGCUCACGGUAGCCCAACCGGCAGGAUCGAGGGUUUCACAAACGUGAAGGAGCUCUACGCAAAAAUAGCAGAAGCUUUCAAUUUAAGUCCCCCGGAGAUUCUCUUCUGCACGCUGAACACUCACAAGAUCGACAUGGAGAGGCUCCUGGGGGGGCAAAUCGGCCUGGAGGACUUCAUCUUCGCCCAUAUAAAAGGGCUCAAGAAGGAGGUGGAGGUGUUCAAGGCUGAGGAUGCCCUGGGACUCACCAUUACAGACAAUGGAGCUGGAUACGCCUUCAUAAAGCGCAUCAAGGAGGGCAGCGUGGUGGACGGGGUGAAGGUGAUCUGCGUGGGCGACCACAUCGAGUGCAUCAACGGGCGCAACAUCGUGGGCAGCCGGCACUACGAGGUGGCGCGCAUGCUGAAGGAGCUGCCCCGAGACCAGACCUUUACGCUCAAGCUGGUGGAGCCCAUGAAGGCCUUCGAAAUGCUUGAGCCGAGGUCAAAGGGCACAAAGCCGGCUGGGGAGAGCAAGAUCGCCACGGGCAGAGGGACGCUGAGGCUUCGGUCGAAAGGGCCCGCCACCGUGGAGGAAAUGCCAACAGAGUUUGAAGAAAAAGCCGUCAAGAAGGUGGACGACCUUUUAGAGAGCUACAUGGGAAUCCGAGACACUGAACUGGCUGCCACCAUGGUGGAGGUCGGGAAGGACAAGAAGAACCCAGACGAGUUCGCCAUGGCGCUAGACGAAGCCCUCGGCGACUUCGCCUUCCCCGACGAGUUUGUCUUCGACGUCUGGGGAGCCAUCGGAGACGCCAAGCAGGGGCGUUUCUGAGCCGGGGGACGGACAGACCCGCGAUCAGGAGAAGCGGACAGAAAGCAGUGCUUUGGGAUUUUUUUUGUUUUUUUUUUUUGUAUCACACACUUUUUAGUGUUAGUCUUGCAAUAUCACAAAGACCACAAAUGUUUUUAUUUUUUAUCCCGUGCAUUUUGUUUUUGGCACUGUGUUGAUACCGGUACUUGCUGGUCAUGAAGGGUACUGUUCUCUUACAUACACUCACUUUAUUCUGUUAGUCUUUUUUAAUUCCUUAAAUGAACUGGAUGUAGUGGGCACAUACCUUCAGGAAGCUCUCACUGUAUUAACAUAAAUCACGAAGACCCAGACACACAUUAAAUUAUUUCGCAGCAGGUAAUGACCAGUCCCUAUCACACCGUCUCUGUAAAGAGUCAUUCAAUGUUCCUCUCUCAGAUAGAAAGCUCUCUGUUCUUUCAUUAUGUGAUGUUAACAUCCUUGUUUUCAUUUGGGGGGGUUCGCUCUUACAACUGCAUCGGGUCCUUCUUGUAACCUAAAUUUAAGUCUUUCCUGUCAUGCCAAACCCGACUGACUAUGCGGGAGAGAGCAGAGAAAUGGAAAGACAUCAAAGUAAUUCCACUGUCCUGCAGCUUGUCUUUGUUUGCUGGGUGCUGUGGUGUCUUUUUGAAGCCUGUGGAACUUCAAUAUUGUGAAAUAUUCCAGAGCAUUCCUCCAGCAGUGCCGCCUUUUUACCGUCUGUAUCAGUAGAACACUGGUUAUUCUCAUGUGUUAUUCUGUGUCUCAUUGACCUUUUUUAUGGGUACAUUAGCUAGAAAGAGGUGAUGCCACAUUUAUGAUUUUAACUAACAUUCCUUUUAUUUUUUAUUUUAAAUUCAUCUUGUACAGGUUCCUUACAUAGAGGUAUGCCAGAAUAGACAAAUUCUUAUUUUUUGCUCUCUUAAUUUAUUUGUUUGAUAAAUGGCUAUUUGAUGUUUUAAACAGGAAAAUAUUUUUAUGAUGUCGAGCUCUAUAUUUAGAAUGAAUAAAGUUUAUCAAUCAUGAUUCCUCCGUUUUAUAGGCUGACUGGCUGUGACACGCCCCCAAACAGGGUUAGUGUGAUGUCACAAGAGGAUCCUGGUCAGUUCCAGUCAUUCAUGUGUCCAGGGUAACACUACAAUUCCAGGUGAAAGCUAACAGUACUCUCCCAUUGAAGCACCACCUGCUGGUUCACUGCUACAGGUGAAUGCAGUGAAUUGCUUUAGAACCUCUGGUGUCCCAUCUCUUACUGUACAAGUUGUGGCACGUUACACAUUGUGUUUAACAAUGCAUAAGGGAUGAUUGUUUAUUAAAAAGGAGAACUAAAAUGAAAAAAGCGAGACAAAGGUGUUGUGCUUUGCUAAACUUAGAGAUUUUCCAGUUCCAUAGACUGAAGGUGAGGAAAAUGGGUUCGAGAAUUUUGAAGUUUAAAAAAUGCACUUAGCUUCUAAUUGAAAUUGAUCUA